UUCACCCCAUUUCGCUCCAUUUUGUAUUUUAGUAUAGCCGGAUACACCCAAAAAACUGACUCAUUUGAAUGGAUUUCCAUCUAAAAAAAUAUAUGUAGUCCCAACUAAAUUAAGUUACAUUAUCUUGUGCAUUAUUUGAGUUAGUGCUACAUAUAUUUAUUAGAUAGAAGUCCUGCACAUAAUUGAGUUGAGUUCUUGAGACAUUUUUCGAGUGUACCCGCAACAACAAAUCAAUGUGUUUUUAUACACUCAAAAAACUGAUUCAUUGGAAGAACUCAAUUCAAUUAUGAGCAGCAUUUCCAUGUAAUAAAUAUAUGUAGUCUCAAUUAAAUUAAAUUAUCUUGCAUGGAUGUGCAUUAUUUGAGUUGGGCCUACAUAUAUUUAUUAGAUGGAAAUCCUGCUCAUACUUGAAAUGAGUUCAUCCAGUGAGUCCUUUCUUAGGCUUAAAAUAAGUCCUUUAACCACAUGGCAGUGUGUACUCAUGGAGGCCGCCAUGUUGCACUGCCAUGUUGCUACAGUAAACCAAAAGUGACAUAUUUGCCCUGCCUUUUGCAUUUUGCAAAAUGGUGUGAAGAUGUUAACGUGCUAAUGCAUGCUAGAUUUAAGAAACCUCAUUUUUUGUGCAAUGGAGGCUCAUACAUAUUUAUUUUCACAAAAGAACGCAAGCGAGCAUGAAUACAAAGAAGAGUAAAGUGAGGGGAAACAAUUGUGACUGACAGCAUAAUGCAAUCUACAGUCCCACCACUAGAUGACACUAAAUACCACACACUGUACCUUUAAGAAGGACUAUGAAUUCUGUCUCUAAACGUGAGAGUAAAGUGUGCAUACUUGAGCAAAAAUGAGCAAAAGGACAACACCCCUGAGUGUUAGUAGAGGAAAAUAAAUGUUCUAGUACAGGAAAAUAAAUGUUCUAUUUUUAUGUUCUGCUGCUGAUUUAUUGCGAUCUCUCUGCACGUAAUAAAAGAAGCUUUCAGAAAGAAUAAGUUAUUUAACUUCACCUCAAGCUCAUCGACACUCUGCUGAUUAGAUUUAUAUUUGUACAUAACCGCAUUUCUCAAUAAUGUUAGCUUGUUAAGAAGUUUCUUACACAUAUAGAUGCAGAUGACGCAAAAUUGUAAUUUGUGUAGACUUAAACUGUGCUGAAACAGAUUAUGAAGACGCAGUACGUGUCCGUCCUCUGUAUGGGAAAAUUUAGAUAUAGAAAUUCCGACAAACCUGCAUGUGGAGACGUUUGUAUUUUUGUGAUCCUCCAGGCCAACAGGGGGCAGAAUGGACUCGUCAACGGCACAUAUUGAAGAAGACGAAGAAAACAUUCUGUUAGCCUUCUUUAUCGACGUGCUUUGCAGCUGAUAAACUUCUCUUCUGGAGUUUUUUUUUUUUAACUUUUCGUUUCGGAAAUUAAAAGUUAGCACUAUUCAUUGUUAUAUCGCUACUUUUAGGUGGCUUUAAAAAAUAUUGUGUACAUUUACGUUGUUUAUGCUGUGUUGGCAUACAAGCUAGUUAACGACGUGAAAACGUGUGUAAAGUUUGUUGCUGCUAGUGACAAAAAAACCCAAAACAAAAACAAGACCAGAUGGAGACCAAACCUGUAGUGUGGACUAACGAAAACGUGCUGAUGAUGUUGCAUGCCAUGAAAGACAACAUCCCAGAACGAAAUAGAAUGAACGCAUAUUUAAAAACACAAAAUAGUCUGGACUGGAAUAAAGUGGCAUUUAAUUCUUUCUCACCUGAAGAAUGUCGGCAAAAAUGGGAAGGAAUGUUGCGGAAGAUGCGCAAGGUUCGGACCCUCACAGAACUUAUUGAUGAAGCAGCCUCUGCCUUUACAGAGCCUUCCAGGAACACAAAGAUUCAUCUAGAGAAACCAAAGAAACCUCCUGGUCCAUUUGCCAUUUAUAUGAAGGAGAACAUGGCAGGUUUUCGCAAGAAUCACCCAGAUGUAACUGCCAGAGAGCUUUUGAAACUGCUAAACAAAGAAUACAAGACCCUACCACUUGAAACGAAGGCCAUAUAUGUCGGCAAAUUCCAGCUUGCAAGUGAAACAUACCAGCAAAAUGUGGUGGAGUUCAGGAAACAGUAUCCAAAAGGCCUGCUGUCCUACAAGUAUCUGAAGAUGCAGAAGAGGAAGCGCGCUGCUAAAAAUGACUCUCUUGCAGACAGACAAGCAGCAAUGUGAAGAUGGAGGAAGUAGCUGUGUACCCUCCAGGCCUCCCAUCAGUGGCUAUAAUCUGUUCUGCAAAGAGCAAGCGCAGACCAUGGAAGGUGUCCCCACUUCACAGUAUAGAUACGUGUGGAGUCAACGUUGGCGAAAGUUGAGUGACUCAGAGAAGGAAAA